CCAGUAUUAUUGUAAUCGUCGUCCCCGUUGCAUCAAUAGCAUGCGGAUUCGUAAUGGAUUCUCUUGGAAGAUUAAACACCCUAAAAUUAACAACAUUACCAGUGACAAUCGGAUGGAUUUUAAUCGCAACAGCCCAAAAUAUUCCAAUGAUUCUCGUGGGAAGAUUAUUAACUGGAUUAGCCGGAUCUUUUGGUACGAGUCCGGCUAUCGUUUACAUAACGGAAAUUGCCAGGGCUGAUAUGAGGGGGUCAUUAAUCUCCUCAGCACCGGCUUACGCUUCUUUGGGAAUGGUACUGGUUUAUUUUAUGGGGUGGUUCAUGGACUGGCGGACUUUGUCGUGGGUUUGUACCGCUCUCACGAUCGCCCCCUGCUUUUUGAUUAUGUUAAUACCGGAAAGUCCGGUUUGGCUGAUUAGUAAGGGCCGAAUUGAGCAGGCGAGGAAAUCGUUACAAUGGAUUCAUAAGUAUCAUCCGAAACCACAAGAUAGGGUAAAAUAAUAAUUAGUUUGUCCACGACUACCUUAUAAUA